CAAAAACUAAAAACAACAGGUUUGAUUAAGGUAUUUUUAAUAAUUAAUAACCAUGUCAUGCCACAAUCUUUACUUUUUGGUAUUUUGAACAAAACCACAAGAAAAUAGAAAAAUAAGAGGAAAACAUUUGCAAAAGAAAGAGAAAGAGUGGAACCUGAUGCCCUUUUUGAUGUAUGAGUGGGUGGUGGUCUUUCUCCCUCUCUCUCUCUCUCUCAUAAAGUUUUCCACCUUCUUUCAUCUCUGUGAAUUCUUUUUCCUCCCUUUCCCCAAAUCCAUCCCCCCUUCUUUCAUUUGUCGUUCUUCUGUGUUCUUCCUUCCCUUGCAGUAGGCAGAUAAAAACCCUCUUCGUCUGCUCUUGUCAUCAUAGAGAUGAUCUAAUGAAGAAGAAGGUAACUGUUGUUUAUGGGGUGGAACUGCUAAAGGAGACUGCUUCUUCUUCCCAAGAAUGAAUCUUUUUGCUUGUUUAUUUGUUUUUAUUUUUAUUUUUUCAGUCUCUGGGUUUUGAUUAUAUCCUUAUUUCCCUUUUAUGACUGUGAACUUAGCUCUUCGAUGUGCUCUAUUAAUUGCUGUAGGAUUUUGGGAGAUGGGCUUGGAAUGAUUUCUCUUCUUCUUCAUUUCAACUAUCUCACUCUCUCUCUCUAUGUUAUUUGCUUUGAUUUCUCACUGUAACUAUCCGUUGAUUUCUGUCUUCAUUCACUAUUGUUUUGCUUGGCCACUCCAUUUAUCGAUUCCUCUGCUCUUUUACCUGCUUACCUUUCCUUUCGCCCCUCCCCCUCUUCUUGUUAAUUUGUGGAUUCAUCUAAUCCGGCCACAUAAAAUAACACUCCUUCCAAUACUUGCUUCUGCUAAUCUCAGUCUUCUCCCUUAUCUCUUGCUGCUUUGCUUGAUUUUUCAUUACAUAAAAUAACCCACCGCUCAACCCUCUCUCUCACUUCUAAUGAGUUGUUUAUGAUUAUAUCCUAUGUUUGAAUCGAUUUAGUUUUGAUGAUUGCAGGCUGAUGAGCUAGUUGAAGUUAAAAGUUUCAUCCUUUCUUGAUCUUCCUGAUGUACACUUCAUCUAGCUUGAAGAAGUAGAUGCUGCUGCUGCUGGAGUUUUUUUUUUUUUUUUGUUGGUUCAAACUAAGCAUCUUUUUCUGUGUUUGGGUUUGGGUCCCCUCCUGUGGUGGAGAAGGAGUACUUUGUUUUGUUGGUAGUGGUGGACUGGUGGUGGUGGGGUUUUGGUUUCAUGGAGGAGUGAAUGAAUCAAAGCUGCUAAUAAUCAAAUUAGCACAGUUUCUAGACCAAAGUUUGAAAAAAGAAGAAGAGAGAAGUAGAUAAGUAAGCAGAGGAAGAGGACUUCAUUUGAUUUUGUGUACAUGCUGAAGUUAAAGAUAAGGAGGCCUAAGAGCAGCAGCUGCAACAGACGCUGCAAUAAGGUGAAGGAGAUCAAGACGAAGAAGCUGUUGCUUGUGACUACUGUUGUUGUGGCAACAACAGCAGCACAAGAAGAGAGAAGUUUAGCAUCAGAUGUUAUCAUCCAUUGAUCAAAACCUGCUUCAACCACCAGAUCCCUCAUCACCUCAUGUUCUUCCCUCCCAAUUCUCUAUUUCUCCUUCUCCCUCCUCUACUUCUUCUUCUCCUUCCUCAAAGCCUUUGGUGCCUCAGCUGCAGCAGCCGGUCUCGUCGCCUGAGCUCGAGAUAGAGGCAGAUCUACCAAACCCACUUCAUAGUUUCUCCAUAAGAGAUUAUGUGUUCACAGCACGAAGCAAGGACAUCAAAACUAACUGGCCAUUCUCAUUGAAGAACCUACAGCUUUGUUUGAACCAUGGCUUGACAGAAGUUUUGCCACCAUUUCAGCCUCUUGAUACCAUAAGGAAUCUUCAAAGUUUCGGCAGAUCACACACAGUUAAAGAACCACCCAUUACUACCAUCGUUGACAAAGUUAAUACAAGCAAAUUCAAUAAUAAGAAGAAUGACGGGGUGAUAGAGCCAUCAUCUGACGAUACAGAUACGGUUGUGAAGUUGACAGAGAAACAAGUUGAUACAAUAAGUUCAUGUAGACAUGCCGAAGUAGAUGGUAACUCAUUCCCAUCUUCGACAACAACUGCUACUACUAGUGACGUAGAAUUACUUCCCAAAGCAUCGUUGAGAGCCUCGAAGAAGUGCAGGCUGGUAGUGAAAUUUGGUGAUCGUGGUGUCUCGGGAGAAUACAUUGCUUCAACUAGUACUACUGUUACGCCUAUAGUAUCUGAAUCAUCAUCUAUGAUGGCUUCAAAAGUCUGCCCGGUGUGCAAGACUUUCUCUUCGUCGUCAAACACUACACUAAAUGCUCACAUUGAUCAGUGCCUUGCUGUGGAGUCUUCUUCGACACUGCCCAAAUGGACAAUAGAUGAUGAUGAUGAUGAUCAAUCGAAGGUGGCAAAGCAUCAUCAUAGGGUGAAGCCGAGGAGGACAAGAGUGAUGGUUGAUAUAUACAAGACGGCUCCCCGUUGCACGUUGGAAGAGCUCGAUCGACGAAAUGGGAGGCUUUCAAGCUUGUCAAUGGAGGAGGUUGAUGAGGAUAAGACAACGUGUCUGGAAGGAAAAACUGAGAGGUUAAAACCAGUUCGAGCUGAGAAAAUUCUUGGUGAUGUUGGACCGGUGUAUAUUGAUGAGAGCGGGACCAAGGUGAGGAUUUUGUCGUCCAAGUUUGAUGAGGUUUCUCUAGUAGUGGCGAGAGUAGUAGGGGAGAGUGGGGUUCGGAUGAAGAAGGACAAGAAGAAUAAAUGUUUGAGAGGAAGUAAAAACAUGGUGGUUAUGAAGAAGAGGAAGAGUCUUGUACAUAAGCAUAAGAAGUAUCUGAAACUUGCAGCUCAAAGCAAGAAGCUUUUCUCAGAUAAAACGACUUGUUCUUCCCAGAUUGGUGGGAACCAUGAGCAGCCUGCAAAUCUGAGAGCAUUUUCUGAUAAGGAGCUUCUUGCCUCUCAACAACAAAUCACGCCUGAUAAUAAUUCCGGGAACCUAAGACCAUGGGUUUGUUCCAAACCCAGAGGUAUUCCGAAAAAGAUUAACAACCACCACCAAGAGGGUCACCAGCAACAGCAACCUCCUAUAAGAAGUCAAUGGCAUUCCCCUCUUGUGGAAUCUGAUGACCAGUCAUUUCCUGUUGGCGAUUCCAGUGAAGAGAGCACAGGUAUUCAGAAGUUCACGAAUCUUUCAGAGAAUCUGGCUUUUCGUCACGAGAGGAUUGAGAAGAACAAAGUCCAGCAGGAAGUUAGCAUCAAAAGGAAACGUGGGAGACCCUUGUCUAGGAGGCCUGUCAUUACUGGCGAUGAAGAUGUGGGGAAGUCUUUCAGUUCAAUGAAGCAGAAGUUUGUCGAAUCAAAUAGACAUGACCAUUGUGAUCGUUCGUUGAAACCGUCAUAUACUUGCAAGAAUAACACGAUGGAUAAGGUGUCAAGCGAUCAUUCUGUUGUUGAGGCAGGAAAGAAAAAGAUUAAGAAAGGGUCCAACUUUAAGGAGCCUCAGGUUCAUUUGAUCGAUGGAAGACGGGAUGAGUUGUUAGCAGGCAAUAAUGAGGUGGAUCAACAACUUGAUUUGCUGCAUGAUCAUAGAGAGUAUCAACUUGAGAGUGAUGUAGUAACUGAAGAACUGGCUUGUGGUGAUAGUAAUGCUAUGACUGAAUCCAGGCAGAUUGAAGGGAUUAUGAUAUGCAAUAACUUGCAAGGUAAGGAACGAUUGGGUUUGAACAGCUUGGAUUCUGUAUCUCCUGGUUUUGACUCGACUAGAGAACUGGUUCAUGGAGACGACAUUGUCAAUGAAUCACUGUCCAAGACUGCAGAUGGAAUGCAUGAUGGUGCUAGUUUGAGUAAGUCCAUUGACACGGUAUUUUAUUCGGUGAAGGACGCUUCAAAACUAUCAAUGGAAGAUUACAGGGGGUUUCUAAGUGGGUCUGAAGCACCAACUGAUUCUGUUGAGCCAGAUUUUGUGAACGAACAUGAAAUGGAAAUGGACACAGAAUUUGAUUCCGAAGAAGCUGAAGAUGGAGGAAUGGACUCCUUUCCUGAGGUCGAUCCAAUUCCUAUCCCUGGUCCCCCAGGCUCGUUCUUGCCAAGCCCCAGGGACAUGGGAGGAUCAGAUGAUUUUCAAGGGAACUCAUCAGUGACCACCACCAGCCGAGCUCAGUCGUCUCUUGAUCUUGGUAAUGUUGUCGAUAAAGAUUCUUCAGAAUCUCCAAUUUCUGCUGCCUCAAGCAUCUCCAACUCUACUACUGCAGCACACAAUGGAUGUGCGCUUGAUUUUGUUGAAAGCAAGAGAUCAUUAGGCUCAACGGCUGUUACAAGUAGUGACAUCGAGCCUCUUGUGCAAAAUGAAGACGAUCUUCCAGUGAGCAAGUCAUGCAUUUUAAAGGAGCUAAAUAUGAGAUUUGAUAGAAACCAUCUCGAUAAGGGAUCAUUCACUGUGAGAAAUGAUGAUCAUCAUCAGCCAUGUUGCUGUCAAAGGAAAGAGAGAGUACCACUUGCUCCAGCCAGUAUUGUGCUGAACCAGCAUGAUUCUUCUUUGCUGCUUCGACGACGAAAAAUGGCUGCUGCUUUAAUGACGACAGAUAAUCCUAGUGGUGAACCAAAAGGCUGCAGCAGUUCAUUGAUCCCCGAGUCGUCUAGUACAUUUGACACGAGAACUGAAUAUGCUCCUCCUGGCUCUUGUCCUACUUUAGGUGCUGAUAAUGUGGGUUUCCAGGUCAUUAAACCUCAUGUGAUUCCCUCGAUGGACUAUGAAUCGAGUAGUCCGUCAACUCCCAAUCCAGUGCUGAGGCUGAUGGGAAAGAACUUGAUGGUUGUCAACAAGGAAGAUGAAGCACCCAAGCCUCCAUAUUUGCAGCAGCAGCAGCAGCAGCUGGCAUUAUUAUGUCAUCCUCAGAAUCACUAUUCGGCUGAUCCUAAAUUCCCAACGUUUGCCACAAUUGGAAAUGUCCUGAAUCACGAGCCUCAUUCAUUGAACCAGAUGGUUCCUCGUCCCCAUUCAUCGGUAGUUUUCCCUAGCAAUCUGCAUCAUGUGAGUCCUUACUCGAACAUUGGGUUGGCCAAUGCUGCAGCUGUUCAUCUACCUAAUGGCAUGUUCCGGAACUAUCCUCCACAAUGCAAUCCACUGGCAACGAGUGCAUACUUAUCACCAGCUCCCCGCUGCACAAAAGAGGUUAUCAUCAUCGAUGAUGAUCCUGAAAGGGUGCAUCCCAUGAUGGCCAAUAAGCUUAUUUCAAAAUAUGGUGAAGGCAGUAGUAUUAGAGAGAAUAAGAACCAUGUCAUCUCAUCAGGCAGCAUGUACCUGCCAGGAGGAAUGCAGAGUAAUUAUAUCCCGAAUCACAUGCGCCCUAGCGCUUGCUAUCCUCCCUCUCAAGAAUACCAGCAUAUCUCUCCCAUCGACGAAUCAUCAUCACCGACUGUACGUGGUAACAGGUUUCAUUUGGCAACUCCUAGUAACAUUCGGUGGCCAGCAGUCAGUUCUGGAAUGCUGCAUCAGAGUCCAUUGCAGGCUGCUGCGCCACCACCACGACCACCACCAUCCUCUAACGCUAUGCUGCCAUCCUCGUCAGCGUUGUACUAUUCUCCAAGCUUCUCAUAGCGAAACGCCAUGUCGAUGAUGAUCAUAAUAAAGCUUUGUCCUCCUGCACCAGGUUUGCAUUCAUGAAACUUUAUCUAUCAUUUUACCUUUGCAGUAGAAAUCGAACGUUUGUCUGUCGUUGGGAGAGUUAUUGUGGAUGAAGUAACGAGCAGAGCUGAGAUCGAAAGGAAAGGUUCAGUUGGUUGUAUUGAUCUGAUGUACUGAGAAAUGGGGAAGAGGGACAGACAAUCAAAUGUAGAGAGAUAUAGAGAGAGAGGUACCCUUUUCCUUUGUUUUUUGCCUGUGUCAAAAACACUCUGAAGCCUUUCUUCUACAAGUUGACUGGACAAUCAAAUGUAUAAGCAUCAUAAAAGCUAAAAAGUGAGAAGAAGAAGAAGAAGAAGAAAGAAGCCCAUGAAUGAAUAAUAUAUAUAAGCAGGUUUUGACCCCCCCUCUGCAGCAAGGAACCUUUGGCUUCCAAAAGUCGGGAAAUUUUAUCAUUUUACUGUUUUACCUAUACAUAUGUGAUGUCAUAUUUCAUGCAUUUACUUGGACUUUGUCAUUUAUUUUCGUACCAUUUGAGUAGCAGUUUUGAUGGUGAUGCGACAGUGUUGUGCUUUCAUGCUGAUAGACCAUAGUGAUUCCCACACCACACGCCAGCAAAUGUAUUUGCUAUUUGCUGUAUGCUUCAAAAUGCGUGGAUUACACACACACACACGUCUGUUUAGUUUUAUGGCCGUCAAUUACUUAAGCCAAACCAGCAAAGCAGAUGCUGUUAGGGCUAACUUGUUUGAUCAGUUGAGUUACAUUUUAUUUUAGCGUAUUAUUGAGUCUCGUCUCGUCUCGUAUGACCUCCACCGAAGAGAGUUUUCAUGCAAUAUUUUAAUGCAUUAUCAUAUUGGUUUACACUCAUUUUCUUCUCAAACAAAUCUCCUAUGUUAUGUGUACGUACCUUAUUGAAAUUGGCAAAUUCCAUUAAUACCCUAACAAGACUGAGGUGACAUGUCCUCCCCUAUGUUGAUGUCUCUCUUCUCUUGAUGAUAUAGUGAGAGUUUUGUUAUAUUCCUAGUUCCUUUCAAGAAGAGAAGAAAAUGGGAUUUAAUUUUUUGUAUAUAUAUAUAUCAUGCUUGAAUUAGCGAGAUUUACAAUCUGUCAUUCAUCAUAACAGAUUGAAUCAAAAUAACGAUCAUGAGGGAACUACAUUGGUUAAAUUUAUUCACCUGGUAACAAUGAAAUGACGUUGUUAAU